GGAGAGAGACAGAGAGAUGUGAAUAUGUGAUCCUAUGCGUCCCUCCAAAGUUGAGGCAGAAAGAGGAUAGAACACAACAUAUGUGAGGCCCUCUUUUAUCCAACCACAAACCACCACCCGAUAACACAACAACCUUACAUAAUUUACACUACUCAGAGUAACACUAUCCUCUUCUUCUCCAUCCCAAUCCUCCAACCAACCAUGGCAGUUUCUUCAGCCACAGCCACAGCCUCUUCCAAACUCAUCCUCUUCCCCCAUGCAUCAUCCUCAUCCUCCUCCUCUUCCCUCACCCCUUUCCGCCCCACCACCACCCACAAACUAGCCCCUCUCUCCUCCUCCUUCCUCCACCCCUCCACCGUCCUCCGCCGCACCCCUGCCUCCACCCCCACCCACCGCCGCCCCCUCACCGUCCGCGCCGCCCGCGGCAAGUUCGAGCGCAAGAAGCCCCACGUGAACAUCGGCACCAUCGGCCACGUGGACCACGGGAAGACGACGCUGACGGCCGCCCUCACGAUGGCCCUGGCCGCCCUCGGCAACAGCGCCCCCAAAAAGUACGACGAGAUCGACGCCGCCCCGGAGGAGCGGGCGCGCGGCAUCACCAUCAACACGGCGACCGUGGAGUACGAGACCGAGAACCGGCACUACGCCCACGUGGACUGCCCGGGGCACGCGGACUACGUGAAGAACAUGAUCACCGGCGCCGCCCAGAUGGACGGCGCCAUCCUGGUGGUCUCCGGCGCCGACGGGCCCAUGCCGCAGACGAAGGAACACAUCCUCUUGGCGAAGCAAGUCGGAGUCCCGAACAUGGUGGUGUUCCUCAACAAACAAGACCAAGUGGACGACGAGGAGCUUCUCCAAUUAGUCGAACUGGAAGUCCGCGAGCUUCUCUCCUCCUACGAAUUCCCCGGCGACGACAUCCCAAUCGUCUCGGGGUCCGCGCUCUUAGCCCUCGAAGCCCUCAUGGCAAACCCUAGCAUCAAACGCGGCGAUAACGAGUGGGUUGACAAAAUCUACCAACUCAUGGACGAAGUGGACAAUUACAUCCCUAUCCCUCAGCGCCAAACCGAUCUCCCCUUCCUCCUGGCCGUGGAGGACGUUUUCUCCAUCACCGGGCGUGGCACCGUCGCCACGGGCCGCGUGGAGCGCGGCACGGUUAAAGUGGGCGAGACGGUGGACCUGGUAGGGCUGCGCGAGACGCGGAACACGACCGUGACGGGAGUGGAAAUGUUCCAGAAGAUUCUGGACGAAGCGAUGGCUGGCGAUAACGUGGGGCUUCUGCUUCGGGGGGUUCAGAAGGUGGAUAUUCAGCGAGGGAUGGUGUUGGCGAAGCCUGGGACGAUUACUCCCCACACCAAGUUCGUUGCCAUUGUUUAUGUUUUGAAGAAGGAGGAGGGUGGCAGGCACUCCCCCUUCUUCGCUGGGUAUAGGCCUCAGUUUUAUAUGAGGACUACCGAUGUGACCGGUAAGGUUACCUCUAUCAUGAAUGAUAAGGAUGAGGAGUCCAAGAUGGUCAUGCCUGGUGACCGGGUCAAGAUGGUGGUCCAGCUUAUCGUCCCUGUCGCCUGUGAACAGGGGAUGAGGUUUGCUAUUAGAGAAGGAGGCAAGACUGUGGGUGCUGGUGUUAUUCAGUCUAUUAUUGAGUGAUAUUCAUAUUCAACCGCUUCCUUCUUUUUUCUUAAUUUAUUAUUUUUUCUCUUCUCUCCUUUCUUUGCCUUUUCUUAUACUUUCUACUUUCUACUUUCUAGGAUCCUUGGAUGGAUAAUUAUAUUAUUUUUCUGUUGCAAAUUCAA